AUCUUCGACGAGAUUGACGGCCUCGCGCCUGUGUGCUCGUCCAAGCAGGACCAAAUUCACGCGUCGAUCGUGUCGAGGCUGUUGGUGUUCAUGGACGGUACGGACGGCCGAGGGCAGGUCAUCGUGACCGGCGCGACGAACCGGCCUGAUGCUAUUGAUCCUGCGUUGCGGAGACCGGGCAGGUUCGAUCGAGAGUUCUACUUCCCACUGCCUAGCUCUGAGGCUCUUGAGCGUAUCCUGCGGAUCAUGACGAAGAAGUGGGCUGGCUGGGAGGGCGAGACAGGCGAGACUGACGUCCAGGGCCUGGCGAAGCUCACGAAGGGUUAUGGUGGUGCUGAUUUGAGAGUG